GAAUCUCCACGCGGUGGGAAGUGUUGCAAUCCUUUUUGACAUCCCAGUUUAUUGUGAAAAUAUCGACAAAGGGAUACUAAUGGCUACAGAAAACGGAGAUAACGGAGCUCCUGACUCCUGGGAUCAGGAAAUAGACAAUCAAAACGAAACCGAUCCAGGGAAAGAAUUAGCUCAACCACUGUCAUUUCUGAACGUCAAUGCGGCACCUUUCGUCCCAGGCCAAAAUGUGUUUGCCACAGAGUUUGUACCUGUCGCUUCAAAAAUAGACGAUACAUCUCCAAAAGAUGGUACGCCCACAGACGAGUCUGGUAAUGCUGUAGGUGAUGAAGACAUGGAAACACAGCAGGAACCAGCAGGGGAUGACUGGGCUGUUGAAGAGGAGGAUGACUCUGAAGAUAUCGUGGUAAAACCUGUGACAAACACCAAGAAAACUAUCCAGGGAGAACAGGAGGUGGAAGUGAAGAAGGAGCACAUAAAUGUUGUUUUCAUUGGUCACGUUGAUGCUGGGAAAUCAACCAUUGGUGGUCAUAUAAUGUAUCUAACGGGUAUGGUUGAUAAAAGAACACUGGAGAAAUAUGAACGAGAAGCCAAAGAGAAAAACAGAGAAACAUGGUACCUCUCAUGGGCCUUGGAUACAAAUUCAGAAGAACGAGAGAAAGGAAAGACAGUGGAAGUUGGAAGAGCAUACUUUGAAACUGAAAGCAAGCAUUUCACAAUACUAGAUGCUCCAGGUCACAAGAGUUUCGUCCCCAACAUGAUUGGAGGAGCAUCACAGGCUGAUUUGGCUGUAUUGGUUAUAUCAGCAAGACGAGGUGAAUUUGAAACUGGAUUUGAGAGAGGUGGACAAACUAGGGAGCAUGCUAUGUUGGUUAAAACUGCUGGUGUAAAACACUUAGUUAUAGUAAUUAAUAAGAUGGAUGACCCCACAGUUGAGUGGUCAGAGGAAAGGUACCUGGAGUGCAAGGAUAAGCUGAUCCCCUACCUAAAGAAAUGUGGCUUUAAUCCUAAAACAGACUUGUAUUUUAUGCCAGUAUCGGGUCUCACAGGAGCAUUUCUUAAGUUUGUACCAGAUGAAAGUGUCUGCCCAUGGUACAGAGGACCAUCACUUAUUGAUUAUCUAGACCAACUGAACUCCCUGAAUAGGUCGACAGAAAUGCCCGUCAGAAUGCCUAUCGUUGAUAAAUACAGGGACAUGGGAACGUUAUUACUUGGAAAAUUGGAGGCUGGUGUUAUAACCAAGAAUAUGUCUUUAACAGUGAUGCCAAACAGAGCUAUAGUAAAAGUGAAUCAGCUGUUCUCCGAUGAAAUAGAAACAGAAUUGGCCAAUCCAGGUGAAAAUCUCAAAGUCAAAGUGCAGGGAGUGGAAGAGGAAGAUAUUUCACCAGGCUUUGUGCUCUGUCCGAUGGAGUCGCCAUGUAACACAGGGAAGGUAUUUGAUGCUCAGAUUGUGAUACUUGAACAUAAAUCAAUCAUAUGUGCAGGAUACAGCGCAGUAUUGCAUAUUCACACGUGUGCUGAGGAGGUAACGCUUCGGGCGCUUCUGUGUAUAAUUGACAAAAAAACUGGUGAAAAGACUCAAUUGAAACCUCGCUUUGUGAAACAGGACCAAGUAGCCAUAGCUCGUAUUGAGGUGAAUGGCGGGAUGAUUUGUUUGGAGACUUUCAAAGACUUCCCACAGAUGGGUCGCUUUACCUUACGAGAUGAAGGAAGAACCAUUGGAAUAGGGAAGGUGUUAAAAAUUAUUGCUUAAGAUUAUUUGGACAUGAAUUAGUGCUGGGGGAAUACUCACCACUUGACUAAGAAACAGUGCUGGGUUGAAUACCUCUGACUCAUCAGUGCAUUUAGGAUUACACCACACUGGAUGGAAAUUGGACACUGGCUGUACAUAAGGAUUUGUUCAUAAAUGCUGACAUUUUAGGAUCUAAGAAGUGCAAAACUUGUGCUGUUGCUGUGCACCGAGACCCUAUUUAAAUAGAUUUUGUUUACAUCAUGGCACUUUUCAUCAUUCGAGUGUAAAUGGGUAUGUCUUGGGAUAGUAAACUAUUGUAAACAGUCUGUCUAAAUUUUGCGUCACCUUAGUUUGAUAUUUUUGUUUAGUAACUGUUUUGGAUAUUGAUAUAAUAAAUCAUAUUCUUUAGAAAAAGUUUGUUUUAUAGUAACAUGAAUAUUUUCUGUUGAAUGUGCCUUCGUCAUAGUCAACAUUCCUACUUCUCAGGAGAGGCCAAAACCUACUGGUAUUAUGAAGAUAAGAAAAAAAUAUAAUUUUGUUUUAAAGUCAGUUUCGUAUUUAAUGUAGUAUAUAUACACAAGUUUUAGGAGCAGCUGGACAGACUGACAUAAAAAAAACUUUUUGGAGUUUUGCACUGGUAACAGCUAUUUGAUGCCAUCUUGUUUGUUUGUUUGUUUACAGAUAACUAAAGCAUACAGUGCCAUUGAUUUAAAGUGCACAAUUCUGCUGUUCUUAACAUGUAAAUUUGUCUUAAUUACUCUUAGGUGGUAAAAAAUUUCACACCAGGUAACGGGCCUGAGUUAAAAAGAUGUUUUGAGUGUUUUUCUAUGGACGUUGGUGCACAUAUUCCUGUAUGUCCAUGAAAUUUCCUUUUGAUUUUUUUUUUUUUUUUUUCCAUCUGUCAGAAGAAUAUAGCAAUACAAAUAUUAAGUAUUUUAUUACAAAUUCUAACACCUGCAGUGUUCAAUUUUUCAGUAUAACUGCACUCACCAUGAUGAAAGUUAUUUUUUGUACCAUGUUUUAGAUGGUAAUCUGUAGUUUAAAACUAUUUGAAUUAUCGGUGCAGAGUGGGUGGACUUGUUUCUAAAGGCAAACAGUGAAAAAAAGAUAACAAAGACAGUUAUCGUUAAUUGGGGUACAAAACAAUUUGCCUAUAUCAAAAUGAACCAUUUUAUUUAAGAGUGUAAAUUUGUAGAUAAAAUUUCACUAUCACUUUUCAGGUUAUGAAGUUUUGUUUUGAUCAAACAUUGUAAGCCUGCUUCAUAGAAUAUUUUCAUGAGUAAGAUUUUUUUUCCCCAAUUAUUAUAUGACUUAUGUUUACAAAAUUGUAAUUUCAAGAGAUAUCCCGACAGAUUCUAGAUGGUGAUCAAUCAGAUAUCAAGUCAUGUAUUUGAUAAUAAUGACUUAAAUGCAGCACCUGCAGUUUAUAAAAAAUAACAAUUCAGGGAUUAAUUUAUUGGAAAAAAGCAUAUUGAUAAUGUGUAGUUUUCCUAGUCUUCUUAUGGUCCUCUGUUAUAUUUUGGCAUUGAUAUCCGAUAAACUUGUGAAAGAAAACCGGACUACAUUGUUAAAGAUGACUUGUACUACCAACAUCGAUUGGAAAAAAUGUUCAGUCAUUUAUGCAUAUGUUAUAAAGUUUAAAAUUUGUUAUUACAGUGGAUGGAGAAAUAUCAGUAAAUCAGUAGUUUCUAUGGGACAUUGACUAUCCAGAAAUGUCACUUUUCACAACCAAUAGGAUAUAACUGAUGAUGUUUUCUUGUAGUUGCUGUACUGAAAAUAUAUUCAGAAAUGAAAAUGUCCAAGAUAUACCAAGGUUUCUGUGCAUUUAAAAGUUUGAAACCUUUUGCAGGUAUCUGUAAAAGUGCUGUGUUUGAUUAAUGUUUUGCUUUGUGAAAUUGUUUCAGAAGUUGAAAAUUUUGUUGUAUGUAUCCCCUUCCCCCGACCUGACUCACAGUUCAUUAUCAGUUAUCCCCCCUUGUUUUGUACAUAAUACUAGAUAUGGUUAACAACACAUUGUCACUGCUUGGUCAACAUGCAUUGAUAUGGAUUGUAAUGUAUGGCUGUGUGUUUGAUUUGAAUGAAGAGUGAGGGAGAGCCUUGGAAGCAAAUGUUCCGUAUGAGUGAGUAAAUGAAAACAGGUGCUUACAUUUGUGAAGUAACUUUCUUUAUGUUAGCGGAAUCCUUAUAUAACAAUGUUAAAUGCCGGGUACAAAUUGUUAGCUUUAUAUUCACAUUAGUGUUGAGCCCGCGUUAUUGCUUCGAAAUUUACCACAAAGUUGUUAAAAUAAAUUGCACUGUAAUUUAUGUAAACAUGUAUAAAUUCAUCAAGGAAGGUAUAAGUUUGAAAUAUUGGUCUGACUUUUCAUGUUAAACUUUUCUGUCGCCAUUAUUUGAGGAUAGGUUGUAAGAUGUUUUUGGUUACAAAAAACUGGUGAAGGCAAAUUGUACAGUUGAGGCUUGCAUAGCAAAUCAAAUUCUUUAAUAAAUUUUCAGGUAGUGACUAUAAUUAUCAGUUGAUAGACAACUGCAUUUCAUAUCUUUUUUCUUGAGGAAGUCUAGAGCAGUACAAGAUCCCUAUUGUCUUUUGUAGUACAUAACAGCUUACAGAAUUACUUGAAAUUUCAUGUCUAUUAACUGGUCAAUGGUAUUCUAUCAAAUAAAUGUUAAAAAGUUUUAAAACAUUUAUCAGAAUGCUAAUGGAUAUGUGUGUGAUAGUGUUUAUGAGGUGGUGAUUGGAAUACAAAUUUAACUAAUUGUGCACUUUUGAAAACUGAUUUUAGUUUGUGGAUUGAAAAUCUUUUAAUGAUUUUUUAUUUGAUUCAUCAAUUAAGAAGUGAAAAAUUGAAUUAUUUACACAUAUCUGAUGUAAGCAAAAUAAUUUCAUACCUUUCCAAGUUUGAAAAACCUUGUGUAUUUCAGAAGGACCUAAUGUACAUACAUAUGAUUUUUGAGAAAUGUCAUUGAAAUGAACUACAAUUAAUAAAGAAACAAAGAAAUAAUUACAGAUUUUGUUUUUUAAACAGAUCAUUGAAAAAAAAAUUUCUCGAUCUAUGAAAUUUUACACUUAUAACUUUCUAUUAUUUUGCCAUGUUACACAUGCUACACAAAUAAUGAAAAUAGAAUUAUUGCAAAUACAGAUCUGUUUAAAGAUGAAUCUGACUAAUAUUUCUUGAAAAUGGAGAAAAAAAUAUUUCAGGGAUUGGAGAAGGAAGAACCUUUCUGACUGUACAUACAUGUUAUAUUUCCACGUAAAUUAUAUACAUUAUAAAUCUGUGCACUUCCAAGCAUAGCCUAUGACUGUUACACGAACCUGCUAAUAUCUUAUAGGUUAGAGAAGAAAUGUGUUAUUUUAAGUGAAAAAAUAUCAAAAUUGUAUUUACAUCAUGACAAGAAAAUUAAAGUUUAAUAAGACACCUGUCAUUAAAUAUAGAUAUCAUGUUUGUCAUGCAGAACAUCAAAUUUCAUCAGAUUUUAUUGAGAAACCUAUUUACAAUAAUUGUAGAUCUUGAUUAAAAAUCUUUUUAAUUAAAAAUGCAGGUACCAGAAAG